GCUCGCAACACUUUCAUUUUUCUCGGUCAGAGAAACACAAAAACACAGAAACAACAUCCACUCAAAAUCAUAACCACUCAAUUAAUCACCACCAUGCAACCGGAAAACCCCGACCUCUACCGCUUCCUCGCCGAUAACGGCCUAAUCAACGUGGUCGGACCCUACGGUUUUCCGGUGGGAACGACCUCAUGUGAUCAUCAUCAACAUCAUCAGUUCUCUGCUAUGCAAAGCUUCUGCAGUUCCUCAUCUUAUUACCCUAAUUCUUCCAAGAUUUCUGGAAACAGUGAUAGUAGUACACCUCAUGAUAGAGCUCUCGCUGCCUUGAAGAAUCACAAGGAGGCUGAGAAGAGAAGGAGAGAAAGAAUCAACUCUCACCUCGAUAAGCUUAGAAGCCUUCUACCUUGUAACUCAAAGACAGACAAGGCCUCGCUUCUUGCAAAAGUGGUUCAGCGAGUAAAAGAGCUCAAAGAACAGACCUCGGAGGUCGCGGAGCUCCAAAGCUUACCGUCCGAAACCGAUGAGAUCACCGUACUUUCCUCUGGUGAUUAUUCCGGCGAUGGAAGACUUAUUUUUAAGGCCUCAUUGUGCUGCGAGGACCGCUCCGAUCUCAUUCCCGACCUAAUCGAGAUCCUCAAAUCCCUCCAUUUGACGACACUGAAAGUUGAAAUGGCCACUCUCGGAGGAAGAAUCCGGAACGUGUUAAUAGUGGCCGCGGAUAAGGAACACAGCAUUGAGUCUGUCCAUUUUUUGCAGAACGCUUUGAAGUCUUUGCUUGAGCGAUCGAAUUCUUCCGAACGAUCGAAAAGGCGUCGCGGUUUGGACCGAAAAAUGGUCAUCUAAUUAAGAAGUUUAAGUGAGAUUUACAUUUUUAAGCAAUAUUAUGCCUCAUCACCAAAAUAGUAUUGGUGAUCAU